GAUUGGGACGUAGGGACGGCGCGAGCUCUCUGCGCCUGCGCGCUCUCGCCCCGAUCGGCCAAAGAUGGCGCGCGUGGAGCACGUUGUGGCUGAUGCCGGGGCUUUCCUGCGGGACGCGGCUCUGCAGGACAUCGGGAAGAACAUCUACACCAUCCGGGAUGUGGUCCGCGAGAUUCGGGACAAGGCCACGCGCAGGCGGCUCGCCGUCCUGCCCUACGAGCUGCGUUUCAAGGAGCCCUUCCCGGAGUAUGUGCGGCUGGUGACUGAGUUUUCAAAGAAAACCGGAGACUAUCCCAGCCUCUCUGCCACAGAUAUCCAAGUGCUGGCACUCACCUACCAGUUGGAGGCAGAGUUUGUUGGAGUGUCUCACCUACGACAAGAACCAGAAAAGGUCAAAGUGAGCUCAUCAAUCCAGCACCCAGAAACUCCUCUACACGUUUCUGGUUUCCAUCUGCCCUCAAAGCCUAAACCCACAAGAGAAAUAGAACAUGGACACCCCCCCAGUGAGCCUGAUGACCUAGAAUUUAGUUCCUUCAUGUUCUGGAGAAACCCUUUGCCUAAUAUCGAUCUUGAACUGCAGGAGCUGCUGAAUGACAAAGGUGACGGUGUUCCAAGUGAGGAGGAGGAGGAAGAGAACGGAUUGGAAGAAAGGAAAGGUGAAGCUAGUGGCGAUGAUGGCGGCGAGUGGAUAACCCCCAACAACAUCAAGCAGAUCCAGCGGGAACUGGAGCAGUGCGCUGUCCCCGAGGACGUACGGGUUGGCUGUGUGACUACGGACUUUGCCGUGCAGAACGUUCUGCUGCAGAUGGGGCUGCACGUGCUGACGGUGAGCGGCAUGCUGAUCCGGGAGGCCCGGAGCUACAUCUUGCGCUGCCAUGGCUGUUUCAAGACAACAUCCGACAUGAGCCGAGUGUUCUGUCCACAUUGUGGAAAUAAGACCCUGAAGAAAGUAUCUGUGACGGUCAGCGACGACGGGACCCUGCGCAUGCACUUUUCCCGCAACCCGAAGGUGCUGAACCCCCGGGGACUCCGGUAUUCACUUCCUACCCCCAAAGGGGGCAAAUACGCCAUCAACCCCCAUCUGACUGAGGACCAGCGCUUCCCUCAGCUGCGACUCUCCCGAAAGGCCAGGCAGAAAACUGAUGUGUUUGCCCCUGACUACACAGCUGGGGUAUCUCCCUUCGCGGAGAAUGACAUCUCCAGCAGGUCAGCCACCCUGCAGGUCCGGGAUAGCACCUUGGGAGGCGGGAGGAGGCGGUUGAAUCCCAAUGCUUCCAGAAAGAAGUUUGUGAAGAAAAGGUGAAGUGCCAGCUCCCCAGGCAAACAGGACUGCUGCAGCUGCCGGAGUCGGGCCUCGCUCCCUGGCCCUGCCAGCUCCGGAGCCAUCGGGGUAGAAGGAACAGGCCUGGCUUAUGCGGUGCCACUUCAUGACUUGCUGCUGUGUGGCAGUUGGGUUUGUGGAACUCGGCCGUCCCUGGCCCACGAGUAUCCAGAGAGCUGGGAUCACUGCCGUGCUGAGGGGAUUUGAUGCGAACAGAAAGCGGUGCCCUGGAGCAAACCUUCAGUCUGUAAAGCAGGGAACUUCCAAGUGGUAAUAUUUUUCUAAUAAAUAUGGUUGCAAGCUUC